AGAGGCUUUACAGUAAAACUGGUGCACCUGGCAGUCUGAGAAAUCACCUGGAUCUGUUGGAAUUACUGGCUUAUCUGUCACUUCUCUUCUGCACGAGGUGCUCAGGAAUGUGAAUUCAUUCAACUGCAAUCUGACACUGAGCAGAUAACACAGAUCUGUUUCUGUCUUGUGCUGUACUGACUGACCUCAGUGAAAUGCUGUUUCAUCCUCACUGUCUAAGCAGGAUUUAUUUGCAAUGAGGAAAACUGACACAUGGCAAGAUGGCAGCGCGCUUGACACAAUUGGAGAGAUGGACAGCGCUGACAGCUGCGACAGUGUGGUCAGCUUCAACUCCUGCUUCAGUGAUGAUAGUUUGGAGUUCCUCUCCGCUGAAGAGAAAGCUUGUCUCAUGUUCCUAGAGGAAACCAUUCAAUCCCUGGAUACAGAAGAUGACAGCGGCCUGUCCAAUGAUGAGCCCGAUCAGAUACCAGCACGAGGAAAUGUGGCAACCAAAGCAGCUCACCUCACUGCAUCGAUGGGAGUCAACAAGCGCCCUGGUCGAGAUACACCUAGACGCCACUUUGAGGAUCCAUCACCGUCUGGUAGCCCGGGGAAAAAUGAAAACGUCAAUUAUAUGGUCCCUACUCCAUUUAUUCUAGCGAAUGGUAACUCGCGAGUCCCAAACCGACCUGGAUUAGCCGCGUCCCCAACUAAGAAGCUAUCCGCCAUGAAGAUGGCUCCUGAAAAUAUCCAGCCUUGUUCAGAUGUCAAUGUAGUUGUGAUAUCUCCUCCACAUAAAACCAAAAGCAAGAAAGAAAACCUAAAUAACCAGAAAGCACAGAACGGGUCCUGCGGAGGGCCGCUCUCUUACCAAGGUCUUCUUCUAAGGAACAACAAUGCAGCUGAAGCCGAUUCAGGGAGCACCCCUGCAAUCCAAACCUUACUACAAAAAUCAAAGAGUGUGGAAAGUGUGGGCACCAAGACCGUUCCCCCACCAGUGGCCCCCAAACCUAAACUCAAAGCCUCAAGGAGCCAAGAAGGAGCCACUGACUCAAAUGUGCCCCACGCCAGGGUAUUAAAAGCUGAAAAAUUAAUGAAUCCAGAGAAAGUGAGGUUGGAGGCUCUUUGUAAGCUGGGUCUCCUUAAAGUGGAGCAGGUCAGGACAAUCCCACAAUCCCCAGCGCACAACCAAGCCACAGGUGAACCUUAUCGGCCAUGUGACGCUCCAAAACCUGAAAAACCGAUGCAGAACCUUCAACAUCAGCGCUCUGUGAGCGACGUCUGCGCAGACCCUCCACGUCCACGACCCUCCAAUACGACUGCAAUGGUGAAAGCUGCAACACUAAAACGCAUUGGGCCUUCAGGUUCUGACAUCAACGACUUAAAUACGGUAUCUCUGAACCAGCAGUCGUGUUCUUCUACAGUAGAAACAAAGAAACAUAGAGACAUACAAAGUCAGUCAAAACUCAGAAAAGACCAUGAGGCGUCCUCAUCUCUUUCUGAAUCUCAACACGUUCAGGGCUUUAAUGUGCCGGUGCACAGCAUCGGCAAGGACCGAAGAGAUGCAUUACGUAAACUAGGACUCUUGAAAAACUGAGUGCCGACUGUAUGUGAUUUUAGUAAUAUCCUUACUGAAAAAUCCAGCUAAGAUGAGCUGGUAGCUGAGAUGGCAGUAGCUGGUUAAGUCCUCCCAGCCUGGCAAAGCUGGUGAGUCAGCUGGUCUUCCAAAACACAGACAAGCUUGCUACACCAGCUAAUAUCAUGCUGGGAGACCAGUUAAAACCAGCUAACCAGCUUAUGCUGGUUUUAGCUUUUUUUUUCAGUAGGGCUACUCUACUUUUAGUCCAAUAUGUAUGGACUUGUCACCCAGAUGCCGAAUUCAGUGCUUAAAAUUAACAACUUAAGUACUGGCUUUGUAAGUACUAGAUUAGCAAUUAGCCUUCAAUGACCGUUUAGUCUUAAUCUCUUAAACCGUCUCUUAUGUGCCUUU